AUGGAUGCGCUCCAGGCAUACGGUAUGAGUGAUAGUGAGCAAUCAGAAGAUGACAUGGAGAUUUCCAACGGAAAAUCGGCCGAGAGAGCCAUUGUGAUGGCUCCAGACGUUCUAUCGAAGAGUGUUAUCAAGGAAGUCGCCAUUGUGGACCCGAAGACCAAGGAAAUUAAAUCGAACCCGAAAUUUGAGCAAUUGUUCAAGGCGGAGUCUGGUCCAGUGAAUCCGUUCAAAUCCGAACAACAACGAUCCCAAAAGAACACACUGACAGGCUUCGUCGAGCCCGCCCAUCUCAACGAAUUCCAUUUUAAUCGUGAAAUUCGAAGUUUCGACACCCUCGGAUACGCCCAGAACCCCACAGCAGAGACCGGCACGACGCAAUUCAUUGGAGAUGUCAAAAAAGCGGAAACCGAGAAAGGCGUUUCCCUGUUUGAGUCGAAAAAAACGGGCGGUGAGAAGCGGAAGAGGGUGCGGAACGACGAUUCGGCCGAUGUUGAUGGAUAUACGGGACCAUGGAGCAGAUUUGCGGAUGAGAAGACUGUGGCGAAGCCAUCUCCGGAACUACAGAAGCAAAUGGAUGAAAUUGUGAAGAAACGACAGGAAAAGAGCAGGAAAUUCAAGAAGGAUAAGGAGGAUAGUGAGCAGAUGGCUGACGAGAGCUCCACGCUUCAUUUGAAAGAAGCCGAGGACUAUCAAGGACGUUCGUUCCUGGUGCCACCCAGCUUCACAGGUGUCAACCUCCGCGAAGACUACUGCCCAGAGCGUUGUUUCGUGCCCAAGAAGCUCGUGCACACGUACCGGGGACACAACAAGGGCGUCAACUUCCUCCAGUGGUUCCCAAAAAGUGCCCAUCUGUUCCUCUCGUGCUCAAUGGACACCAAAAUCAAGCUAUGGGAGGUUUACGAUCGUCAGAGGGUGGUCCGAACGUAUUCUGGACACAAGCUGCCAGUUCGAGAGGUUGCCUUCAACAAUGAAGGCACGGAAUUCCUGUCGGCGUCUUUCGAUCGAUACGUGAAGCUGUGGGAUACGGAAACGGGACAAGUGAAGCAGAGAUUCCAUACGGGACACGUACCGUACUGCUUGAAAUACCACCCGGAUGACGAUAAGAAUCAUAUGUUCUUGGUUGGAAUGCAGAAUAAGAAGAUUAUUCAAUGGGACUCGAGAUCCGGCGAGAUUGUGCAGGAGUAUGAUCGGCAUUUGCAAGCAGUCAACUCGAUCACAUUCUUCGACAAAAAUCGCCGUUUCGCAUCGACAUCCGACGAUAAAUCAGUGCGAAUUUGGGAAUGGGAGAUUCCGGUGGACACGAAACUCAUCCAAAACGUUGGACUUCAUGCUAUCCCGACGAUGACCAAAAGUCCCAAUGACAAAUGGGUCGUUGGACAGUGCAUGGACAACCGUAUAGUCCUAUUCCAGCUGGUCGACGAUAAGCUGAGAUUCUCGAAAAAGAAGGCGUUCCGGGGACACAAUGCCGCCGGAUACGCAUGCAAUAUCGAUUUUUCGCCGGAUCAAUCGUUCCUGAUUUCUGGAGAUGCCGAUGGAAAAUUGUUCAUUUGGGACUGGAGAACACAUAAAAUUGUUGGGAAAUGGAAAGCCCAUGAGAACACGUGUAUCGCCGCGCUCUGGCAUCCUCAUGAGAAGAGUCGAAUGAUAACAGCCGGAUGGGAUGGACUGAUCAAAAUGUGGAAUUAA